GAUAGUGUUUCGAGUCUUGCUGCAGUAGACCGCACAGUGCAGUCUUCGUUCCACCAGCUUGCUGUAGUUGGGUGAACUACAUGGACAUUGUCAGGGGCACGUAGCUAGGGAAACUCAUCAGAAUACGACUGGAUUACAAGUGCACGACACUUUAGUGGGCAUCGGAUGAAAACAUCGCCAACACAAGUCUGGAACAAGCUGAUCUGUAACGGUAACAGCAUCUCCUCCCUUCACCAAGAAUAAGCAAGAUAUCCGAAACACUCACCUGUGCGGUGCAGAGAUUACAAAUCGGCGGGAAUGGCUUCGUCUCCUUGCGGCAAUAGUAACUUUGAUUCGGGGCUGGAGAUCAAAACUCGUUCGGUAGAGCAAACCCUCAUCCCGUUGGUUUCUCAGAUCACCACUCUGAUCAACCACAAAGACAAGCCAAAGAAGUCGGAGAAGACGCUGAGGGCCAUCCAGAGGGUGGGGCAAGCGGUUAACGUGGCGGUGGGGCGCUUCGUGACAGUGGGCGAGGCCAUUGCGGUGGAGAAUGAGGAGCUGAAGGAGGAGAUGGGCCUGGCCUGCCAGGAGGCGCGGCGAGCAGGCGAUGCCAUCGCUCAGCUCACUGAUGCCCUGAGCCCGGAGCAGCCGGAGUCGGACGGGCGCAUCACCGUCUUCAGCGACAAGACGGGCAUGGUGAAGGCCGCCAGGAUGCUGCUCUCCUCCGUCACCAAAGUGCUGGUCCUAGCCGACCGCAUCGUCAUCAAACAGAUCAUCACCUCACGCAACAAAGUGCUGGCCACCCUGGAGCAGUUGGAGAGAGUGAGCAGCUUCCAGGAGUUCGUGCAGAUAUUCAGCCAGUUCGGCAACGAGAUGGUGGAGUUCGCCCACCUGACCGGAGACCGCCAGAACGACCUGAAGGAUGAGAAAAAGAAGGCCCGGAUGGCAGCGGCGCGAGCCGUGCUUGAGAAAUGCACCAUGAUGCUCCUCACUGCUUCUAAGACAUGCCUCAGACACCCUGACUGCGAGUCUGCGCGCCACAACAAGGAUGCGGUGUUCCGGCGCAUGCGUGUGGCCCUGGAGCAGGUGAUCGAGAUCGUGACGGACGCUCGCCCCAGCGGAGACGCCCAGGUCCUGCCCGCCAGCAUCUACACAGGAAUCAAAGACUUCAAGGCCAAGGUGGAAGGGCUGCGGGAGUCUCUGUUCUCCCUGCCACCGGAGAGCCUGGUCGCCCAGCUGGAAGGUGUGGUGGAGCAGACGGAGGACUUCACGGACUCGGCCUACACCAGUCAUGAGCACCGCGAGAGCAUUCUGCAGCGGUGUCACUUGACCAGGCAGGAGCUGGAGCAGCUGAUCGCUGCUUGGAUGCAGGCUCAGUCUUUUAAAGCCAAAGAAGCCAGCGAGGAGAUGGAGGUGUGCAUCCUGAAGACCUGUCAGAGCGUGAAUGAUCUUCGCCGAGAGCUCCACAGGACAGCGGUGGGGCGAGCGGCUGACCUGCUGAAGUGCCACGCAGAUCACACUGUGCUGAAGGCCCUAAAAGCUUCCGGGGAGGAGGGCAAUCUGGAGGCCGGGGCCGAGUACUCCCACACACUGAUGGAGCAGAAGGAGCAGCUUGUGGAGACGUGUCGACUUCUGCGCCAUGUUUCGGGGACAGAGCCACUGGAGAUCACCUCUAUACACGCUGAGGAGACCUUCCAGGUCAUUGGCCCACAGAUCAUUUCGGCCGCACAGACGCUGGCUCUCCACCCGUCCAGCAAAAUUGCCAAAGAGAACCUGGAGGUGUUCUGUGAAGCUUGGGAGUCCCAGCUGAGCGACAUGGCCAUCUUACUCCGAGAAAUAAACGAUGUGUUUGAGGGACGGAGAGGUGAUAAGAGAACCUACUUGUCAUUACCCAGACCAGGGAAACAUUCAGCAAAUUUGAAGACAGUAAAGGCUGUUAAGCUUGACGCUGAGGAGCAGACCACCAUAGCCAAGGUGGGGCUGGAGCUACGUCUGCUGACGUCAGAUGUUGACUCUGAGAGCGAGAAGUGGGAGGACCAGGACCACGACAUCGUCCGUCUGAGCCAGAGCAUGUCUAGCAUGGCGUACUCCAUGUAUCUAUUCACCAGAGGGGAGGGCCUGCUGAAGACAACCCUGGAUUUAUUCCACCAAGCAGAGGUGUUUUCCGAAGAGGGCUUUCAGUUGUGCUCCUGUCUCCAGGCUCUGUCCUCGCAGCUGGGAGAUGACGAGAAGGCGGUCACCACAUCGGAGACGGAGAAGCUCGUGGCCUUGUGUCAGCAGCUGCAGCUGACUGGGAGGACGGUGGCGCAGGGCAAGAGUGCUACUUUCCAGAAGGUUGAUGCCUGCAUACAGAAUGCCAGAAGCAUCAUGACUGUAGUGGUCUGCCUCCUUCCAGUCUGCAACAAGCUCAUCAGGAAGUGCAAGUCUGAGCGUAGCAGCAUGGGCUCGCCACAGAGCUGGGGGGAAAACCAGUUACCCACCCCAGUCAAGGAGGACCCGCUGGACAGCAAGAACACCAAUGGCUUUGGGGUCAAGUCUCUGGAGCACCACAUGGCCGGCCUCACCUUCCUUGAGAGCAAGUAGCCCAGGACCAGCAGCA